AUCCAGGAUGCUAGGAACCAUGUGAAUCAGGCUCUGCAGCUGCUGAGUGGUAGAGAUGAGAGCUACCACUUUAAGACUGGGGCCGAGGUCAACAAGCUGAUGGACGCGGUGAUGCUCCAGCUGACCAGGGCUCGUAACCGCCUCACCACUCCGGCAGCCAUGACCCUGCCGGAGCUGGCCACCAGCGGCCUCAUGAAAAUGUUCACUCCUCCAUUGCCAGGCGAUGUGAUGGUGAACUUCUAUAUCAACCUGAGUAAGCUGUGUCUGACUGUCUACCAGCUGCACGCAAUGCAGCCCAACACCACCAAGAACUUCAAGCCAUCUGGGAGCUCCGUGUUACACAACCCCGGAGCCAUGUUCGAGCUGAACAAUGCUAAGUUUGAGGUGAGCCAGGUUCACAAGGUGGAGUGUGUUGUCCCCUGGCUCAACAACACCCUGAUCUUCUUCACCAUCUCACUGCAGCUCUGUCAGCAGCUCAAGGACAAGAUUUCCGUCUUCUCUAGUUUCUGGAACUACCGACCGUUCUAACCUCCUGCAGCUAGCUGACUGUCAGAAUGCCUUGGUGUUAGCUGACCGUCAGAAGGCCUAGGUGUUCUAACCUCCUGCAGCUAGCUGACCGUCAGAAUGCCUAGGUGUUCAAACCUCCUGCAGCUAGCUGAACGUCAGAAUGCCUAGGUGUUCUAACCUCCUGCAGCUAGCUGACCGUCAGAAUGCCUCGGUGUUAGCUGACCGUCAGAAUGCCUCAGGGUUCUAACCUCCUGCAGCUAGCUGACCGUCAGAAUGCCUCGGUGUUAGCUGACCGUCAGAAUGCCUCAGGGUUCUAACCUCCUGCAGCUAGCUGACCGUCAGAAUGCCUCGGUGUUCUAACCUCCUGCAGCUAGCUGACCGUCAGAAUGCCUAGGUGUUCUAACCUCCUGCCGCUAGCUGACCGUCAGAAUGCCUAGGUGUUCUAACCUCCUGCAGCUAGCUGACCGUCAGAAUGCCUAGGAGUUCUAACCUCCUGCAGCUAGCUGACCGUCAGAAUGCCUAGGAGUUCUAACCUCCUGCAGCUAGCUGACCGUCAGAAUGCCUAGGAGUUCUAACCUCCUGCAGCUAGCUGACCGUCAGAAUGCCUAGGUGUUCUAACCUCCUGCAGCUAGCUGACCGUCAGAAUGCCUAGGUGUUCUGUCCAAAUCCUUCACACAAACCAACCCAGAUAAAAGGGAUGUCUUGAAAAUAUUGUCUGAAUUGAAGUGGGUUUUGUUUGUGUAAUUUACAGGAGAACAGCCGGAUCAAAACCCAUAUACAUUACCAGUGUUUAGUAUUCCAGGGUUUAGGGCCCAUCCAUGUGUUACAGCUGCUUUAAUCCAGUCCCAAAUCAAACCCUAACCCCUAGACUACACUCCCUACUUGUGAAGAAAGUAUAGGGCUAAGCAAUAUGGUGGAGCUACUACCAUAUUGCUAUAUCUAUCCAAUACAUUCAGUGUUUCCCAUAGAUGGGAGUCGUUAGCGCAAUGACUGACUGGAAGUCUAUGGGAAUGAAUAUAGGGGAAACACUGCAUGACUAGAAGUCUAUGGGAAUGAAUAUAGGGGAAACACUGCAUGACUAGAAGUCUAUGGGAAUGAAUAUAGGGGAAACACUGCAUGACUAGAGGUCUAUGGGAAUGAAUAUAGGGGAAACACUGCAUGACUAGAAGUCUAUGGGAAUGAAUAUAGGGGAAACACUGCAUGACUAGAAGUCUAUGGGAAUGAAUAUAGGGGAAACACUGCAUGACUAGAAGUCUAUGGGAAUGAAUAUAGGGGAAACACUGCAUGACUAGAAGUCUAUGGGAAUGAAUAUAGGGGAAACACUGCACUCUGAUCUAGACAAGUCGGGACUAGGGGUUGCUUUAGGAUUGGGUGCACUUGUCUCUCUGUGUGUCAUCCGUUGUAUAGUACUAACUAACUUGGAUCUCCCUGUUGUAUAGUACUAACUAGGACCUUGUUGUAUAGUACUAACUAACUUGGACCUCCCUGUUGUAUAGUGCUAACUAGGACCUCCUUGUUGUAUAGUACUAACUAGGUUGGACCUCCUUGUUGUAUAGUACUAACUAGGUUGAACCUCCCUGUUGUAUAGUACUAACUAGGUUGAACCUCCCUGUUGUAUAGUACUAACUAGGUUGAACCUCCCUGUUGUAUAGUACUAACUAGGUUGAACCUCCCUGUUGUAUAGUACUAACUAGGUUGAACCUCCCUGUUGUAUAGUACUAACUAACUAGGUUGAACCUCCCUGUUGUAUAGUACUAACUAACUAGGUUGAACCUCCCUGUUGUAUAGUACUAACUAGGUUGAACCUCCCUGUUGUAUAGUACUAACUAACUAGGACCUCCCUGUUGUAUAGUACUAACUAGGUUGAACCUCCCUGUUGUAUAGUACUAACUGUGGUCCUGUGUGGCUCAGUCGGUAGAGCAUGGCGCUUGCAACGCCAAGCGUCGUGGGUUCGAUUCCCGCUGGGGCCACCCAUAUGUAAAAGUAGUGGCCCCAGCCGACUUGUAAGUCGCUUUGGACAAAAGCGUCUGCUAAAUGGGAUAUAUUAUUAUUAUUAUUAUUAUUAACUAACUAGGACCUCCCUGUUGUAUAGUACUAACUAGGACCUCCCUGUUGUAUAGUACUAACUAGGACCUCCCUGUUGUAUAGUACUAACUAGGACCUCCCUGUUGUAUAGUACUAACUAGGACCUCCCUGUUGUAUAGUACUAACUAGGACCUCCCUGUUGUAUAGUACUAACUAGGACCUCCCUGUUGUAUAGUACUAACUAGGACCUCCCUGUUGUAUAGUACUAACUAGGACCUCCCUGUUGUAUAGUACUAACUAGGACCUCCCUGUUGUAUAGUACUAACUUGGACCUCCCUGUUGUAUAGUACUAACUAGGACCUCCCUGUUGUAUAGUACUAACUAGGACCUCCCUGUUGUAUAGUACUAACUAGGACCUCCCUGUUGUAUAGUACUAACUUGGACCUCCCUGUUGUAUAGUACUAACUAGGACCUCCCUGUUGUAUAGUACUAACUUGGACCUCCUUGUUGUAUAGUACUAACUAGGACCUCCCUGUUGUAUAGUACUAACUAGGACCUCCCUGUUGUAUAGUACUAACUUGGACCUCCCUGUUGUAUAGUACUAACUAGGACCUCCCUGUUGUAUAGUACUAACUAGGUUGGACCUCCCUGUUGUAUAGUACUAACUAGGACCUCCCUGUUGUAUAGUACUAACUUGGACCUCCCUGUUGUAUAGUACUAACUAGGACCUCCCUGUUGUAUAGUACUAACUAGGACCUCCCUGUUGUAUAGUACUAACUAGGACCUCCCUGUUGUAUAGUACUAACUAGGACCUCCCUGUUGUAUAGUACUAACUAGGACCUCCCUGUUGUAUAGUACUAUCUAGGACCUCCCUGUUGUAUAGUACUAACUAGGACCUCCCUGUUGUAUAGUACUAACUAGGACCUCCCUGUUGUAUAGUACUAACUAGGACCUCCCUGUUGUAUAGUACUAACUAGGACCUCCCUGUUGUAUAGUACUAACUAGGACCUCCCUGUUGUAUAGUACUAACUAGGACCUCCCUGUUGUAUAGUACUAACUAGGACCUCCCUGUUGUAUAGUACUAACUAGGACCUCCCUGUUGUAUAGUACUAACUAGGACCUCCCUGUUGUAUAGUACUAACUUGGACCUCCCUGUUGUAUAGUACUAACUUGGACCUCCCUGUUGUAUAGUACUAACUAGGACCUCCCUGUUGUAUAGUACUAACUUGGACCUCCCUGUUGUAUAGUACUAACUAGGACCUCCCUGUUGUAUAGUACUAACUAGGUUGAACCUCCCUGUUGUAUAGUACUAACUAGGUUGAACCUCCCUGUUGUAUAGUACUAACUAGGUUGAACCUCCCUGUUGUAUAGUACUAACUAGGUUGAACCUCCCUGUUGUAUAGUACUAACUAGGUUGAACCUCCCUGUUGUAUAGUACUAACUAGGUAGGACCUCCCUGUUGUAUAGUACUAACUAGGUUGGACCUCCCUGUUGUAUAGUACUAACUAGGUUGGACCUCCCUGUUGUAUAGUACUAACUAGGUUGGACCUCCCUGUUGUAUAGUACUAACUAGGUUGGACCUCCCUGUUGUAUAGUACUAACUAGGUUGGACCUCCCUGUUGUAUAGUACUAACUAGGUUGGACCUCCCUGUUGUAUAGUACUAACUAGGUUGGACCUCCCUGUUGUAUAGUACUAACUAGGUUGGACCUCCCUGUUGUA